CCUGUGUUGCCAUCGCACCCCGACACAGUCCAUCCCGCUGAACACACCUUCACUCUCCGACACAUCUACCACCACGGCACCGAUCGAAAUCCGAGGCUUCAUCGGAAGCUGGACGUGGUCCACGACCAGUCGCGCGUCUUCCUCGCCGCCGACGACGAGUAUGCCGAGCAUACGGUGCCACAGCUCAAGGCCCGGAGCCGAGCCGAGACGAUCGAGCGACUGGCCGACAGGCGUCCGUCUGUUGUCGAUCCAAUAGUCGCCGAGUCGCGGAGGCAGGGUUACGCGGCCGUCUUGGACGCCUCGGCGUGGACCAUGGACGAUGUCUCGUCCCCCGACAUCACUGAUAAAGAAACCGUCCUCACCAUGGCGUACGUCGCCGCCGACGCCUACGUCGAGAAUGAGGGGCAGGCCGAUUGGCAAGACAUCGGUGCCCCCUUCAACCGGAGUCUCGACUUUGGCUGGGGGACGGACGGCCUGCGCGGCCAUAUCUGGGCCGAUGAGAACAACUCGACCGUCAUCAUCGGCCUCAAGGGGACAUCACCCGCCGUCUUUGACGGAGAGGGCACCACAACGAACGACAAGGUUAACGACAACUUGUUCUUCAGCUGCUGCUGCGCUCAACAGGGCCAGUGGACUUGGCACCAGGUCUGUGACUGCGCCACCGGCACAUAUACCUGCAACAAUACCUGCGUGAGGACGGCUCUCCGAGAGGAGAACCGCUACUAUGCCGCUGCGCGUGAGCUGUACUCGAACGUCACGGAGCAGUAUCCCGACUCCAACAUCUGGCUGGCGGGCCAUUCGCUGGGAGGCGCCGUUUCCUCCUUCCUGGCUCUGACAUACGGGGUUCCCGCCGUGACGUUUGAGGCCGUGCCCGAGGCGCUGCCAGCGUCUCGACUAGGCCUCCCGGUCCCUCCCGGAGCAGACCCUGAUGCGCCGCAGUCGCGGGCCUACACGGGGACGUAUCACUUUGGUCACACCGCAGAUCCCGUAUACAUUGGCACGUGCAACGGCGCAACUGCUACGUGCUCCUUUGCCGGCUAUGCCAUGGAGUCGUCCUGUCACACUGGCUAUGAGUGCGUCUACGACGUGGUGGCUGACAAGGGAUGGCGCGUGGGCAUUGGCACCCACAAGAUCAGGUCCGUCAUCCAAGACGUUAUUCUCAAGUAUGACGAAGUCCCCAAGUGUGCGCGGACGCCCGAGUGCCGAGACUGUGGCCCGUGGAAGAUGUACGAGAGCAACGGCACCGAGACCACCACCUCUGCGGUGCCCACGACGACGACUCGCACAAGGACACGGACUUCGACGUGCCAGACCCCCGGCUGGUGGGGAUGUUUAGAUCAGCCGACGACGACGGGCGAUACAAAGGUGCCCGCCCCUACCCCGACCGUGACCACCACCACUUCUACGUGUAAGACGCCUGGCUGGUUCGGAUGCAAAGACAAGACGACGACGCCGGCCAGCACCAGCCAGUCGUCCACCACAACCACCACCUGCGAGACCCCGGGGAGGUUCUGGGGCUGCAACGACGAGGCUACACCGACCAGCUCUGUCUUCACAACCGUCCCUGCCAGCACCACCUGCGAGACUCCUGGCAGAUUUUGGGGCUGCAAGGAUGCAGUGACG